CGCUAAACCGAUUUGUAUACCUUCGAAGGCAAAAUGUUCUAAUUUGUUAUCAGUCUGCAUGUUAGAGGUUUACAGCAGAACGAUAAUUGCACAGAAAUAGGAUUAGUGUAAACAGGGGUAAACAACGAAUCGCUGCGAGGAUUCAAGACUGCUCUUAGCUGUGCGCAAUAGUUGAAAUGAAAUCUCUUGAGUUCCAACGUUUUCCUUGAACUGGACGUGGUUGAAGGUAUUGAAUUUUGCAGCAGCCCUCCUGCUUACAAAGUUAAACGCAUUAACAAGACCAGACCAAUUUUCGCACACCUAAGAGCUGCCCAAGAAAAAUAAAAAGACAUCAGGAGGCACAGAUUAACUAUUUACAGUCACGAGUUAUCCUGCAAUCGUUGGACCGAUUGACGAAUUUCUGCGGUGAACAGUAUGUUAAUUCGUAAAGGAAGGCUUCGGUCGAUGUGAGGAUGCAGGAAAAGCGGUGUUGGUGGAUAUUGUUUGUCAACUUUAUAAUCAAUUCGCAGACUGCUCAACCCGACAAUUAUCCACCACGUGUUCAAGAUACUCUAAAACCACUGAAUGUCGCUAGAUUAGGAGAUAUAAAACGGUUAAGAUGUGCUGUGACAGGGCUUCCACCACCGAAUAUCACAUGGAUCAAAAACGACCAGCCUUUGCACCAGUCUGAGAGGAUAAGAAAGCUAAACAAGAACAAAACUAUUAAGAUCAAAGGAGUCCGACUUGAUGACCAAGGCAACUACACCUGUAUUGCUGAAAAUCCUCUCGGUAAAGUCAACCUGACGCUCCAGCUAAACGUGCGUCAUGAUGAAAUUCUGACAACUACUGGUUCACCACUAGCAACUAAAAGACCCACAACUAAGCAUCAGGCUAGAGAUUUAAUGACGAAUCUCACGACUCCGGAAUCAACAGGAGCACCAAUAUUUAGUGAUCCAAACUUACUGAAGAGAUCGUUCAGGGCAUGGCCUGCAUCACACUCCAUUAAACUAAAAUGUCAAGCAAUUGGUGCACCACCGCUCAAAUACAAAUGGUUGAAGGACGGAAAGAUCAUAAAAAAACGACGUAUGGACCCAAAUGUUAAUUCUUCCCUUUGGUACCUGAAACUGCGAGAUCUUGUACCCGAUGAUUCUGGGAGAUACACCUGCAUAGUAUCCAAUCAAUAUGGUUCGAUAAAUCACACUUUUACUCUUCAAGUUGUUGCCAGACCUCGGUCAGCUCCGAUCCUACAGACAGGUCUUCCAAAGAACAAAACUGUGCAAGUUGGAGAUAAUGUGACAUUUACCUGUAUUGUUCUUGUUAGUGGAACUCUCCCGGAUUUCAGAUGGCUUAAAUGGAACAAGUCCGUCAAUUCUAUACCGAAAACUUACAAUGUAAUUUUAAAUGGAUCAUAUCGCCUUAUAGACCCAUACUAUUACAAGACCAUUCAAGUAAAAAGUAAUUAUGGUGUUGAGGUGAAUAUUGUAAAUGUGACCGAGGAGGAUUUUGGACUCUACACUUGCUUUGUGAGCAAUCAUAUCGGCAACGAUUUCAGUAGUGCAUUCCUCAUCAAAUAUGUGAAACCCACGGUUCCUGUGACAGAGACGGAAGCCACAAAACCAACAGAACAACCAUCUUCACCUGAGAAGAUCACAGCAUUUCUCACGAAAAAAGAAAAACCACCUCAAACUGGCCUAAUUAUCGUCAUCCUUCUGUCAGUUUUCUUUUUAAUAGCUAUUAUAGUAAUCGUCGUGUUUGUUUUCUGUUAUCGCAAGAGACUAAAGGAGAAAUUCCCUAAAGGUUCAAAUUCUCAAAAGGAAAUAACUCUACAAAAUAUAGAGGCAAGAAGAGCGUCGUUACACCUUUUAUCGUCAGAACCUAACACACCCAAUCAAACCGAUGGAAUAACUAGAACGUUAAAUUAUGCAGCUCCAAGGAGGAGAUUUAGUUCCAAUGGAUCAACCACUUCUACAGCACCUUUAAUAAGAUGCAGGAAUGGAAGCUAUAGGUCUCGAUUUUCUUCAGGCGUUUCGUCUAGAAUUGAUUCUAACAUCGCUGAAGAGCUCUAUGAGUUGCCUUGCGACGAAGAAUGGGAAAUCGACAGAUCUCAAAUAACGUUAAGAGAACAGCUUGGUGAAGGUGCUUUUGGUUUGGUCAUGCGCGCUGAUGCCGUGGGUUUACCUGACCUGCCUUCCACAUGCUCAGUUGCAGUCAAAAUGCUCAAGGCUGACGCCACUGAGAACGAAUUAGCAGACCUUUUGUCUGAAAUGGAUACAAUGAAGGAAAUUGGAAGACACAAGAACAUUAUCAACCUGAUAGGUGCUUGCACGCAAAACGGCCCUCUGUUUGUCGUUGUCGAGUUUGCACCACACGGGAAUCUUCGACAGUUUCUGAGAGAAAGAAGACCAUCUGAGUAUCAACAACACACACUUAGUCACUCUGGUCCUUCCUUAACUAUGAGGGAUUUCGUCUCAUAUGCUUUCCAAAUAGCGAGGGGAAUGGAGUACUUGGGAACAAGAAAGUGUGUUCAUCGAGACCUUGCUGCCAGAAACAUUCUUGUUGGAGAAGAUUACAUCAUGAAAGUUGCUGACUUUGGUCUGGCAAGAAAUGUGAGAGAUGCGGAGUAUUAUCGGAAAACUACCGAUGGUCGGCUACCAAUAAAAUGGCUCGCCAUCGAGGCAUUGUUUGAUCGAGUUUACACAACACAAAGUGACGUCUGGGCGUUUGGUAUAUUGCUCUGGGAGAUUUUUACCCUCGGGGGUUCUCCAUAUCCAGGAAUACCCAUAGAAAAGUUGUUCGAUCUAUUGAAGUCUGGCUACCGGAUGCAGCAGCCUCAAAAUUGUCCAGGAGAUAUAUAUGAUAUUAUGAUGAAUUGCUGGGAUGAAACCCCCUGCCAACGAAAAUCGUUUACAGAUCUAAGAAAACACUUUGAUGCGAUGUUAUCAAGCAUGACGAGCAAAGAGUAUUUGCAAAUACUGGCUCAGUCCAUUGACGAUCUGGCUCACGACAUGGAAACACCUAUAACGGACGAUUCUGAUGAAAAUACUGGAAUAAUGCCAGAGUCUACAUGCUAGCAGUAAACGACCCUUUCAUAUACUAGAUUGUUAUUACAUCUCGCUCUUUAAUGGCAGUUGCAACUAAAUUUCCACGCCAGAGGAUUAACCAGAAGGGUAUAAUACAAAUAUUAAAGUUGGUUAUGGCGGUAAAAGGAAAAAGGAAGCGGACAAAGAGACAAAAUCAGGACCCAGAAACCAUAAUAUCACAAUACGGGCUAUCACGAAGUUGUUUCAAGCAAGCCGUGGAUAAGAACGCGAAAACACCCGGUUAGCGUGGAGAAAAUGCUGGCUAGAAAAAUAAUUUUUAAGGCCCGGAAUUUAUCAUCUUAUAAUCCACUAAAGUGCUGCAAGGUUACUUUAUCUCCGUUGAAAAACGCGCUUGAGACAUAAAACCACAUCAAAUAAUUAAAUUAACAUCCUGUUUGUACAGGUAACAUGUUCUGGGGAAAAACAACGUUUCGACAUCCAAGUUACCCUCAGGAACAGUCCUGCGUUUCAUAGAGAAUGGCACAAUUUUGUGGUUCUUGAAACGAUUUGGAGGUGAAAUUGUUCAUUCAACUCGAAACCCCCGUUCUUUGGUGGGUGAAAAGAAACUUGCCUACUGAGCAAACUUCGUGCCCUGGACUCCAAUGAGUGGUCAAAAAAUUUUUCUCAGGAAAUAUCCUAUAUUCAGCCACCUUCAGUAGACAACAAAGUAGAAGUUUUUCUAACGAAUGAACAUUGUCAGUUACUUCCUCUGUGCGUUACCUCAAAGAAAGUUACGCUAUUGAUAGAAGCGAGAGUCCAGCCUUAGCCCUUUACACCUCGACAUCAGUAUCCAUAUUCUCCAUACUCUUCUCCAUAAGUUUCUUAUGGUACUGACAAGGAGAAUUUAUUUAAAGAUCAAAGCUUCUUAGGUUGGCGAUCAUUUCCUUUAUGCUCAUAAUCUUAAUGAAUGGUUUAGCAGUAUUAUUGUAAGGAGAAAUUAAAUGCUGGUCACUCUUAAGGAUUAAAGGGUUAAGAGUAAGAGAAAGAGAUUGGCUUACAGAUUUUCAGAAAUGAUAAAACUGUGCCGACUUUAGCGAGUGAGAAAAAUCUUCUAUGCAGUUCUUAAACUCAAGAGGAAUUCUACAGAUAAUAUUCUCUUGAUAAACCAUCAACUCGUGAAAAAUAAUUUUAAAAUUUGUUAGUAUCAAAACAAAAAUCACUCAAUUUAAUCGAGCAUAUUCGUAUUCGUCUAUCAGUUAGUUCCGCCAGAAAGAUGAGCAGAACAAAUCUUGUUUUCUUCUUUUCAAAAACAAGACCAAGUAAUAGUUGUGUAUAAAAGUAACAGAAGCAUUCUCAGAUGAAUGGGGAUGUUUCAACAUACAGAUGUAUCUACAUUCUAUGAAUGAUUACUUUUAUUAAAGAAAUAAUCCAA